AACCAUUUUCGUAGAGAAGAAAAAGAAAAACGAUGAAUGUCCCUGAUCGCUACGAGCGCUUCGUCGUCCCGGAGGGCGCGAAGAAGGUUUCAUACGAGAGAGACACGAAGAUCAUGAAUGCGGCAACAUUUAUAUUGGAGAGAGAGGAUCAUACUAUCGGAAACAUUCUCCGCAUGCAACUUCAUAGAGAUGAUAAUGUGCUUUUUGCUGGCUACCAGCUUCCUCAUCCUCUUAAGUACAGAAUACUUGUUCGGAUACAAACUGCUAGCCAGUCUUCACCGAUGCAGGCAUAUAAUCAGGCUAUCAAUGAUUUGGAUAAGGAGCUCGACGUUUUGAAAUACGAGCUUGAGAGUGAGAUUUCAAGGUUCUCGAGGGCCUAUUAGUUUCCCAUCCAAGAAAACCAAGGGAAAGUUUGAAUUCAAUAACGACGAGUUGGGAAUGGAAUGCCAAUAAUCAAAUUUACGGCCACUUUUUAGUCUGCUUCCUUUUGGCGGUGGGGUGGGAGUUCGCUGUAUUCUUUCUUUUAAAUGGAAGUUCAAAUUUCCAUCCAAAAAAGAGAAACCAUUUUAGUUCAGUAUUGAUUUGAAAUAAAUAUUUUGAACUGUAUUCCAUUUCAAUAAUACUUCACGAGUCCAAAAUUUCAUCGUCUUUUCAAAGAAAUAAAAA